AGUCUUCGAUUGUAUCAUGUCGAUCAAGUAUAUUCUUUUCCUGUGUAUCUCACAGUUUCUCUGCGUUGUAAUAGGCGAUUAUUACACACCAAGUGAAGAAGUUGGAAAGUUAUUGGCACAGUAUAAUCCUAAAAAUGACACCCGAUAUCCUUUUGAGCUUGGUUUUGGGCAUUACUUCCAAGGUGAUAUAAUGUUGGUGCCUCCAUCGAAAUCGAGGGUAUCGGUUUCUGAACGGUAUGCUUCUCGGAUUUGGCCCGGAGGACGAGUCCCGUAUGAGAUUUUGGGAAGCUUUACCUCAAGUCAGUUGAGGAACAUCAACAGUGCCAUCGCUAUGUACAGCAGAAACACGUGCGUGCGUUUCGUUCAAAGGACCAGUUCUGAUCAGUUGUGGAUUAAGAUCGUGAACAAUAACACUGGAUGUUAUUCGUACGUCGGCAGACAAACCAACAAUCAGUACAAUUUGAUCAAUUUACAAACGCCAGGAUGUACGAAUACGGUGGGCACUCCGGUGCACGAAAUGAUGCACGCUAUCGGGUUUUUCCACGAGCAAACAAGACCUGAUCGUGACGAUUGGAUUACUAUCAACAGGAGCGCCCUUCGACAGGAAUAUCAAACUGACCAAUUUUACAACGCAAACUUCGCUAUUCUGGACGCCAACGAAGUUGAUACCUACAACAUUCCUUACAACUAUGGCAGUGUGAUGCACUAUUCUAAGUUUGCUGGAGCAGCAAGUUCUGAAUAUCCCAUCCUGAACAACAAAAAACCUUGGAAUGGUGAUUUUGGAAACAACAACGGAUUCUCGCAAAACGAUAUCAAUCAGGUUAACCUGAGAUACAAGUGUGCAUCCAAGAAGAAGGGUAAAAAAUUACGGAAACUACAAGAUAAAGUGAACUCAGCGAAAGCAAAGCUUCAGAAAGGGGAAUGAUUUUUCCCGAUUUUUGACUGAACUACGUAAUUGUCAUAUUGGUCAUCGUUACUCGUGUUGAUUGUUCUUUGAAAUGUCUAAGUAUCUAAUAAAUAACAAAAACUA